AUGCAAGAAACAUAUGACAUUUCUCAACAAAUUACCACCAAUACGGCAAGUAAGUUAAAAUUUCUUGAAAAUUUAUACCUUAUUGAGAAUGCACGAGAACAAUGCAUAAAAUCAAGUGACGAAAUUAACAAAUUAAGGCAUUUAGAGGAUUCGAGUUUUGUAUCUGAGUAUGCCGACAUAAGAACCUUGGAAACUUUGUACGCAAAAAUCAAACAUAUAGAAAAAAUGUUGUAUAAUCAAAAUAUGAGUAAUUCGUCAAGACCGGACAGUGUUCCCAAACAUCAUUUACCAUCUAUAGAAAUUCCAAAAUUUUCCGGAGAUUUACAACAAUGGCCUUUAUUUUAUGAAACCUUUAAAGCAUUAAUACAUGAAAAUACAGGAUUAGAUAACGUAUCCAAAUUUCAUUCUUUAAAAGGACUUCUGAAAAAAUACCAGAAUAAACGAUAUUUAGCCACCACUUACUUUAAACAGCUCUUAUCGUUUAAAACCAUUACAUCUUCACAAAUAGAUUUAUUUAUAGAACAAUUCGAUACAGCUGUACAAGCCCUUUCACAAUUAAACCUUCAAGACUCAUUUGACUCUAUGAUAACAUCUAUGGCACUCUCAAAACUCGAUCCCGCUUUGCAAGAAAAAUUUGAACAUUCUUUUCAAGGAGAAUUUCCAAAAUACCAAGAUCUUCUUCAAUUUCUCCAUAAGUCGCAGCAAGCUAAAAACCAAGUAUAUUGUAUGACGAGUAUUACUAACAAUAACGCAUAUGAUAAACCUAAUGAUAAAGAUACAAAAUCUAGAAUGUCAUCAUUCAUGAAAUAUGAUUAUAAAUGCUUUGUUUGCCGAGAAAAACAUAGAACAGUUACAUGUUCAAAAUUUCUUGAAAUGAAUAUUCCUGAUCGACGAGCAAUUAUUCAGAAAUUAAAUUUAUGCGUAAAUUGUUUGAGUCACAAGACAACAGUUGUCUGUCGAUCAAACAGAGUUUGUCUGAUAUGUAAUAAACAACAUCAUACGUUAUUACAUACAAAUAACAAUCAGAAUAAUUCGUCUAAUUCAAAAUCCAAUAGUACAGUUUUAUGCACUACCAGUAAUAACAAACUCGCGCAUAAUACAACAAUAUUGCCGACAGCUGUAACAAAGGUUUUUACCAAAAAGAAAAAUACUCCACUACGUACUAUAAUUGAUUCAGCAAGUGAUAAAAAUUUCGUUACAUUAGCUUGGUGUAGAAAGGCCCAUUUGAAAGUUCAACCAGUUUCAGCCAAAGUAAUUGGAUUAGGAAAUUCGUCACAAAACGUAAUAGGAUUGGUUAACUUCACUUUAAAAUCCACAAUCAAUCCAUAUCAAUUGCCAGUAUGUGCAUACGUUGUGCAAGAAAUUGUGAGAAAACAACCACAAACCACGAUUCCAGUAUCAUCAAUCCAAUCAUUCUUGAAGUACCCACUAGCGGAUCCAAAGUUUUAUGUGCCUCAAACGGUCGACGGCAUAUUAGGAUGUGAUGUUUUCAGCGAAGUUAUGGGUACUAAUAAGGUGAAAAAUGGUCAAGGUUCACCUAUGGCACUAGAAACCCGAUUGGGUUAUAUAAUAAUGGGUUCGAUAUCAGAUUCACUUCAACUUUCAAGUUUUUCCAUGCAAUAUGAUUGA